AAAAAUCAGUAUUGUAUUAAAAUCUAUGUUCAGGAUUAAAUAUUAAAGAAUUGGUUUCACGUCGGAGCAAUUUCUCCGCAGCGCUGUCGGCCAGCGGGUGGUGACGUCACCUGCAGUCCAUGCCGCAGAGUCUGCCUUAAACUGCCUCACAUAAGACAUAUAUCACACCUGACUGACAAUGGGGAUUCUGGACAAGAUCGCAGAGAUAGAGAGAGAGAUCUCUCGAACACAGAAGAACAAAGCAACUGAGUACCACCUGGGUUUAUUGAAAGCCAAGCUAGCCAAGUACAGAGCCCAGCUCCUGGAGCCCUCGAAGUCAUCUGGAGCCAAAGGUGAAGGCUUUGAUGUGAUGAAGUCUGGGGAUGCGAGAGUGGCUCUGAUCGGAUUCCCCUCAGUUGGCAAGUCUACGUUUCUCAGUUUAAUGACAUCAACAGAAAGUGAAGCAGCUUCGUAUGAAUUCACCACCUUGACCUGCAUUCCCGGAGUCAUUGAGUACAAAGGUGCCAACAUACAGCUGCUGGAUUUGCCUGGUAUUAUUGAGGGGGCUGCACAAGGUAAGGGCAGAGGUAGACAGGUCAUUGCUGUGGCCAGAACUGCAGAUGUGGUCAUCAUGAUGUUGGAUGCGACUAAAGGAGAUGUUCAGAGGGAACUUCUGGAAAAAGAGCUUGAAUCUGUUGGCAUCAGACUCAACCGCCCCAAACCAAAUAUCUAUUUUAAGCCUAAAAAAGGUGGUGGCCUAUCGUACAAUUCAACGGUUCCCCUCACACACUGCUCUGAGAAGCUUGUUCAGCUCAUUCUUCACGAGUACAAAAUCUUCAACGCUGAGGUUUUGUUCAGAGAGGACAGCACUCCUGAUGAAUUUAUUGAUGUCAUUGUGGGCAACAGAGUAUACAUGCCUUGCUUAUAUGUGUACAACAAAGUGGAUCAGAUUUCUAUAGAGGAAGUGGAUCGUCUUGCCCAUAGAGCUAACAGUGUAGUGAUCAGCUGUGGCAUGAAGCUGAAUCUAGAUUAUCUCCUUGAGCAGUUAUGGGAAUACCUGGCUCUGAUCUGCUUAUACACUAAGAAGAGAGGAGAACGGCCAGAUUUCGGUGACCCUAUAAUCAUGAGACGAGGAGCAUCAGUUGAACAUGCGUGUCACAGAAUCCACAGGACAUUAGCUAGCCAGUUCAAGUAUGCACUUGUCUGGGGAACAAGCACAAAGUACAGUCCUCAGAGAGUAGGACUGACGCACAUCAUGGAACAUGAGGAUGUCAUUCAGAUUGUGAAGAAAUAAAAUCUAGUCUUCAGGUCCACUACAGUAUCAGUAGAACAUUUGAUACAUACAUAAAUACAUACAUAACAGAACAUUUUAUGUUGACACAACUGCAGUGUUUCCUGGAACUUCAUGGACAAACCUGUGAUCAACAAUUAAAAAGGGAUUAUUUUAUGAAAAUCAUCUCCCUGACAAAACCCAUUCUAGUACAUAAUAUUCAGAUCUUUGUUUUAUUUUUACCUUUCAUAAUAUGAAAAAAGGUUGUUUCUUAAUAAACCAAAUUUGACAUGAACAGUGCUUGAGAAUGUAAAAUCAAAAUGCAGUUUAAAUCUGGAAAUAAACUAAGUUUGAGGAUAAAGAA